AUGCCUAAAGUCUCCCAAAAUACAAAAGCUCCCCUUUUAUCUCAAAAUUGUCAUGAUGGUAUCAUUGAGAGGUUCGAAGAUGAUGCUAACAAUGCAAAAGCAAUAAUUUAUGCCAAUAAAAAAGGUGAAACAUUACCAAACAGAAAAGAUCGUGAAUUACCUGUCCUCCCCCCUGAUAUUACUAGAAGUGAGUUUAAUAAAGCAAUCGAGGAAAUUUCAAUUCUACUUGGGAAGGAGAAUAUUUCAAUUUUAGAUGAAAAGGUAUUGGAUGACGGUUGGUAUUUGGAACAUCCAAUCGGGCAUGAUGCAUUUCACAUUUUGGAUCAAGAUGAUUUGGUUGCUUCUGCUGUUUUCCGUCCAUCUCUGACUGAAGAGGUGGAAGUAAUUGUCAAGUGGGCUAAUAAGCAUAAAAUUCCAUUGCACCCUAUUUCACUUGGACGUAAUUUUGGAUAUGGUGGUAGUGCCCCACGUGUCCGUGGAAGUGUUGUUUUAGACCUUGGAAACAGAAUGAAUAAAAUUCUAGAUUUUGAUGCUAAAAAUGGAACACUUAUGGUAGAGCCAGGUGUGACAUAUUAUGCCUUAUAUGAUUUUGUUAAAAAAUCUGGUGCUCCUUUCUUGAUCGAUACUACCGAUAUUGGAGGUGGAAGCGUUAUGGGAAAUGCCUUGGAUCGUGGCCUUGGAUACACUCCAUAUGGUGACCAUUAUGGAAUGCACUGCGGUAUGGAGGUGGUUUUACCAACAGGAGAAGUAAUAAGAACUGGUAUGGGAGCACUUCCAGAAUCAACUACCUGGAAUCUUUUCCCAUAUGGUUUCGGCCCUUUCAUUGAUGGGUUGUUUUCUCAGUCCAAUUAUGGUAUAGUGACCAGAAUGGGCUUAUGGCUCAUGCCAGAUCCUGGUGGAGACUUAACAUAUUUAGUCACAGUACCAAAAUAUGAAGAUAUCGGACAGAUCUCAGCUUCUAUUCAAAAAUUGAGAAUGCAGGGUCUUAUUCAGAAUGUUCCUCAUAUGCACAAUGCCAUGGAAGAAGUUGCUGCCAUUGGGAAGCCAAGAGACCAUUAUUGGAAAGGAAAGGGUGUGAUGCCUGAUCACGAAAUUGCGAAAUUAUUGAAAGACACUCCUACAGGUGCUAACGCUUGGUACUUUUAUGGAACUGUGUAUGGACCACCAGAAGUUCAAGAGGUUCAAAUCAAGAAGAUUAAGGAAGAAUUUUUAAAAAUUAAGGGUGCUCAAUAUUUUGCGGCUCACGAAUUGCCAGAAGACCAUUAUUGUCAAUCCCGUGCAUUAAUCAAUUCUGGAAUUCCCCAUAUAAAAGAACUUGAUUGGGUAAACUGGAUGCCAAAUGGUUCUCAUUUAUUCUUCACCCCAAUUUGCCCUAUCACUCUUGAGCAUAGUUCCAGAUUAAUGGAUAUUUGUAAGCGUCGUCAUGAUGAGUUUGGUAUUGAUUUGUGUGUAAACUUUCUUGUUUGUCCUAGAGAAAUUCAUGUUAUUGUACAAAUAGUCUACGAUAAAUUUGACCAAGAGCACAAACGGAAUGCCCAUGAGUUAUUAGACGUUCUCAUUACUGAUUGUGCUAAGGAAGGAUUCGGUGAAUAUAGGACUCAUGUAGCCUUCCAGGACCGUGUAAUGCAGACAUUCAAUUGGAAUAAUGGAUCCCUUCUUAAACUUUAUGAGCAGUUGAAGGAUGCGUUGGAUCCUAAUGGAAUUUUGGCUCCCGGAAAAAGCGGAAUUUGGCCCAAAAAUUUGAGAGGAAGGGGAUUUGAAAUCACAAAACCUACAAACCGCAGUGACCCAUCUGAUAAGCUGUCGCGUAUUUAA